AUGCCGAUCGCAAUCAUCCCUAUUGCUGAUCAGUACAAGCUGGAUUUACACAAUCAGGGAUGGGUACUCAGCUCUUUUGCUGUUGGCUACAUGAGCAGCCAAGUUAUUGGUGGGAGUGCAGCCCGGAAAUAUGGUGGGAAAUCUGUACUGACUAUGGCGGUCAUCUUAUGGUCUCUGUCCACCUUAAUGGUGCCAUUUUUUGCUGAUUCCAUCAAUGCCCUUAUUAUAUCCAGAGUGCUCCUUGGUUUAGGUGAAGGCCUAGGUCUGCCCACUGUGUUCCACAUAUUUGCCCAUACAAUACCAGUUGAAGAACGGUCUCGUGCAUUUGCUUACCUUGUCGCCUUUGGUUCUAUUGGUCAGACUGUUGCUGCACUGGUAUGUCCCCACUUACACUGGCCAUGGAUGUUCUAUUCUUUUGGCUUUUUGGGUUUCAUUUGGGUGCUUGUCUGGUGUUUCUUUUAUUCUGAAACCAGACAGGAAGAAUUCGUCCAACCUCCAAAAGUGAAUAGCACAAAUGUCCGGUGGACAGAAUUUCUGUGCCAUUGGCCACUGUGGUCUAUGUACCUAGCCCAUUUCAGUAUGAACUGGUCUAACUACAUCAUUAUGCAAUGGCUACCAACGUACCUAACGAGGCACCUUGGAGCUGAUGCACAUCACAUCAUGUCAACUGCAGUGCCUUAUAUUAUGAAUUCCUUGCUGGGUGUUGUCGCUGGUCAUUUUGCUGACUCUCUUGUGGCCAACAAAUGGACAGUCCUUUCUGUACGCCGUCUCAUGACCAGUGUUGGCCUGUUAGGCCCAGGAGUUUUUAUUUUAUUUUUCAGUAUGGUCAACAAUUUACCCUUAGCUGUGCUGUUUGUGUCCAUUUCCCUCGGUCUGAGUGCUUGUAAUUCCGCAGGUCAUUUAAGCAACCACCCAGAAGUAGCUCCAAAUCAUGCUGGUAUCACCUUUGCUGUAUCAAAUACUUUGGCGACCAUUCCUGGAAUAACGUGCGGUCCUUUAACUGCAGAAUUGGUCACUCAGUCACAUGGCCGAUGGUUUCCUGUUUUUAUCAUUGCAGCCGGAGUGAACUUUGUUGGAGCCAUUAUAUAUUUAAGUCAAAGUGCGGCUAGUCAAGUCCUUUGA